AUGGACUUGACCACUCGUCGCGGUGAGGAAGGCGGUCCAGGAGAGGCUGUUUUACCUUUAAAUGGGACUGAGCCGGUGUGUCGUGAACUAGUGAACGGAACACAAGGAUGUGAGGUGACCGGGGUAACGGCUGAAGUGCCAGCGCCUCCCAGGAAGACUAGUUCGUUUACCAUAAGGAACUUAGUUGGCGCCAUUGAUACAGAACACAAAGCCGACGGCAAUGCGAAUACUAGCGAUAAUUAUUAUCCCCAAGAAUCAUAUCAAAAGUACGCCACAAUGGGAUUGUCUGAGGUGUCAAAAGACGAUUCUCCCCGAACCACUCCAGAGUUACCUCGUGCUGACCAGUCCCCGGCAUCAGAGCGUCCUCCGCCAGGAUCAGCUGACAGUGAUGACGCCGAUGAUUUCACUCCAAAGAGAAAGCAAAGAAGAUAUAGAACAACCUUCACGAGUUUUCAAUUAGAAGAACUAGAAAAAGCUUUCUCAAGAACGCAUUACCCUGACGUUUUUACUAGAGAAGAGCUCGCAAUGAAGAUCGGAUUGACAGAGGCACGAAUACAGGUAUGGUUUCAAAACCGCCGCGCAAAAUGGCGCAAGCAAGAGAAAGUGGGACCGCAAGGCCAUCCCUACAAUCCGUAUCUGAGUGCGGCCGGGGCUCCUCCGCCGUCUGUGGUCGCCUCCAUGCCUAACCCAUUUUCACAGUUGGGCUUCGGCUUUAGAAAACCUUUCGACACAAACGCCUUUGCAUCGUUUAGGUACGGAGGAACGCCGGUUCUAAGCACGCAGUACCUUGGAGCGCCCUUGCCAAGACCGCCGUUAUUUAGUGCGCCCAUUUACACAACUAGCCCUCCCUUUCAUUCUCUUCUAGCUGGUUUAGCUGCGCCCCCAAGACAGUCUCCUGAUCCUCCUUCUGUAUCCCCUCCCAUAUCACCCGGAAGCGAGUCGCCUCCAACGCAACCUGGGCCAGAAGUAGAAAGAAGGAGUUCUAGCAUUGCUGCGUUAAGAAUGGCAGCGAGAGAACAUGAGUUAAGAUUGGAAAUGCUUAGACAAAGACAUCACACAGACCUAAUUAGUUGA